AAAGAUCAUUUUUAUUAAUUAUAUUGGGUGCUAUACAUACAAGCAUCUGUAUAUUCAAUAUAGGAAGAAAACUAAGCUUGCUCCUAAAAAAUAGGAAGCAAAUAGGAAGCAAGAAAGAUAGGAAAUAAAACUAAAACAAGCAACAUUUAAAAUAGGAACAUCUAUGGUACAGGAAAAUCUCUACAAAGGGUUUCUACUUUGAUCUGAAAAAUGAGAUUUUAGCUGCCAUAUUCCAAUUCUCAGGUCCAUUAUGGAGCAAAUGUGCGUGCGUGGAUGGAUCAGAAGAGCACAUUGUCCUGUCUGCAAGUACUGUAGCUUCUUCCAUUUCCUCGGAUUUGGUCAGAGAAAGAGAUAUCAGAUCGUGGAAGUUGCAUUAAGAAAGACUUCAACUUCUUUUAACAUCAUUAAAUUGCAUACUGAAGCAGACAGAGCGAAGGGCAGCCAGCCCAAAUUGGUUGGGAUCUAACCCUUCCAUUUCCUAACCAUUUUUGUAAACAUUUAUGAACACAUAGGGAGAGGCCUACGGAUUCAAGUGGGGGUAAAUUCUAGGUCUCACCAUUGCUAAAAGGAAUCAAGAAAUCUGCCAAUCACGCUAGUUUGCAACUUAAAGGAGAUUUAGUUUAGUUUGGCAUACUGGAGAAGAAGCUAAGCAUCAACAUGGGGGAGAAAUCGCAGAAUCUCAUCUCCUUGGCCCAACAGCUACGCCUCUAUAACCAUUCUCUUCCUCUAAAUAACUCAAUAGAGCAGCAUCAAAAAGAAGUCUCUGAUAAUGCAAGAACUUCAGUUACUCAAGAAUCGGAUUCUGCCAGACCUAACAGCAGAGCUGCAGUUUUAAUUUGCAUAUUUGAAGGAGAUGAUGGCGAUCUGCGUGUAAUCCUCACAAAACGCUCCUCAACCCUGUCCUCUCAUUCUGGUGAGGUUGCUUUGCCUGGUGGGAAAAGAGAGGAUGCUGAUGCUGAUGACGUAGAGACUGCCUUGAGGGAGGCUGAGGAGGAGAUUGGCUUAGACCCUUCUCUUGUUGAUGUUGUUACUGUUCUUGAACCUUUUGUGACGUUGCGUGGCAUCGCAGUAGUUCCUGUGGUUGGUAUACUAUUGAACAAGGAGGGUUUCAAUCCAUCUCCAAACUCCAGUGAAGUAGAAUCAAUGUUUGACGUUCCACUAGAAAUGUUUCUUAAGGAUGAGAACCGCAGAGCAGAAGAGAAACAACGGAUGGGACACAAGUAUCUACUCCAUUUCUUUGACUACCAGUCAGGGAGCGAAACCUAUGUGAUUUGGGCUUUGACUGCUGGAAUCAUGAUCAGGGUUGCAUCAAUUGUCUACCAAAGACCGCCUGCAUUCUCAGAGCAGAGGCCCCCAUUUUGGGGGGCAAUUUCGCAAAGCAAUAACCCUAACCUAUAGAUUUACUUGGCACUUCUCACGUGUCUUAUGUAAAGAAUUCCUUCCUCGUAAGUUUAAACAUUGAACCUCCUUGACCAGAUAGUGUAACAAAUUAGACAUGUUCCCUAUCAAACAUUAUCGAAUAAUUAAUAAAGAUGUGUAGUGAAUUUGAAUAGAAUUUAUCUUUUCCAA